CAAAGCUCAAUAUCCAAAUUUAUGUAUUGUUCCGUGGGAGAUGCCUAUUGAUUAUAAAAGCUUAGAGAACCAAUAAAUAGCAUUUUAUUUAAAAAAUUAGUGAGUCCCCAACGCUUAAAGUACAUGUUUUAUUCGUAACAUUAUUGAUAUAGAUUUUACUAAUAAUGGCUAAUGCAGGAGAUAAACACCAAAUUCCAGACAGAAUAUCAGCAAGUGUUCCUAUGCCUCCUACUAAUAGACUUACUAUGAAAGAAGUCUUUGAUGCUGACGGAAAACCAAGAAUUGAUGUGCUAAAAGCUCAUUUUAUACUUGAGGGUAAAGUUGAAGAAGAAGUAGCUCUUAAAAUUAUACAUAAUGGGGAAAAUAUACUUCGUCAGGAAAAAACAGUACUUGAUAUAGAUGCUCCAAUUACAGUAUGUGGAGAUAUCCAUGGUCAGUUUUAUGAUCUUAUGAAAUUGUUUGAAGUUGGUGGAAGUCCAGCUAGUACUCGAUAUUUAUUUCUUGGUGAUUAUGUAGAUAGAGGCUAUUUUUCAAUUGAAUGUGUAAUGUAUUUAUGGGCUUUAAAAUCUAUUUAUCCAAAAACAUUAUUUUUAUUACGUGGAAAUCAUGAAUGUCGUCAUCUUACGGAAUAUUUUACUUUCAAAACUGAAUGUAAAAUUAAAUACUCUGAAGCUGUAUACGAAGCAUGCAUGGAAUCAUUUGAUUGCUUGCCCCUUGCUGCUGUUAUGAAUCAACAAUUUCUAUGUGUCCAUGGUGGCUUAUCUCCCGAGUUGCAUACAUUAGACGAUAUUCGAAAAGUAGAUCGUUUUCGAGAACCACCUGCUUUUGGAGCAAUGUGUGAUUUAUUAUGGUCUGAUCCUCUUGAAGAUUAUGGAAACGAAAAGACAAUGGAACAUUUUUCUCAUAAUAGUGUUAGGGGCUGCUCCUAUUUCUAUAGUUAUCAAGCUUGCUGUGAUUUUCUUCAAAGAAAUAAUUUGCUCUCUAUAAUUCGUGCACACGAAGCUCAGGAUGCUGGGUAUCGUAUGUAUAGAAAAAGUCAGGCUACUGGCUUUCCUUCUCUCAUAACUAUAUUCUCUGCACCAAAUUAUUUAGAUGUUUAUAAUAAUAAAGCUGCCGUCUUAAAAUAUGAAAAUAAUGUUAUGAAUAUACGACAAUUUAAUUGUACUCCUCAUCCUUAUUGGUUACCAAACUUCAUGGAUGUUUUUACUUGGUCAAUACCAUUUGUUGGAGAGAAAGUUACUGAGAUGCUUGUUAAUGUAUUGAACAUAUGCACAGAUGAUGAACUUGAUGAUGAAGAUGGUGAAGAUUCCGCUAAAAGGAAAGAAGUUAUUAAGAAUAAAAUCAGAGCUAUUGGAAAAAUGGCUCGGGUUUUCACGAUUCUCAGGGAAGAAAGUGAGAGUGUAUUAGAGUUAAAGGGGCUGACUCCAUCAGGUGCACUACCUGUAGGUAUUCUAUCAGGAGGAAAAGAUUCCCUAAACUCAGCUUUGUCUGAUCUAUCAGUUGAUGGUGGUCAACGUAAUAAAAUACAAGGCUUCGCCGAUGCAAAAAGCUUAGAUCGAAUGAAUGAACGCAUGCCACCACGUAAAACAGAUAAGUUAACGGGAAAAAAAUGAUAGUCGACUAUAUGCUAAACUGAAUUUUAUGCGACCCCAGACUGGUGGUUUUUUAUUUAAAGGGAGGAUUAGAAUAUUGAGCAUUAGCUUCCAUAUUGGCGAAUAUAGCGACUUAGAUACAUGUUAAAGUACCUUGUGGGGUUUGGUUUAACAUUAUAAUUAAGUUAUUUUUAUUAUUAUUAAAUUUUUUUUAUGUAAAGCUUUUUUUGACUGUACAAUCUGUUAAUAUUUUUAUGGUUUUCUGGCUGUACAAUGGUGUGUUAAUAUAUUUUAUAGUUCAUUGAUUUUAUCUAAAUAAGCUUCCUCAAUACCCAACGCAACUAUAGAUAGUAGCUAUUUAUUUUUAAAUCGUUUUCAUUGUUUUGAAAAAUGGGUAUUUUAUGUCUCUAACUCUGUUUGAUAUCUGCUGAACUUGUUAAGCGACUAUUUUUUCGCUUAAAUUGAAGUAAUCUAUUGUAUAAUAUUUAAUGAAUUUUGUUUUUUGCUUUAAGAUUUUAUAUACGACUUCAAAGAUAACAACAUACUGCAAUGGUUAUUCCCAACCUUUUGGUUUUUGAGCUUCAAAUAUAAUAUGUAUUCUUAUGACGGUCUCGACUUUUCAAAGUUUAAUAUUCCUUUUUGUUAAUUUUUUAAUACUAAUCAAAUGUUACUAAGUAAAUCGCAUUUUGUCGAAUUUUUAUAUUUGUGUUUUGCGGGCUAUAUGAAAGCAUAAAAGUUUAAAUUACGUGUUUUAAAAGUCUAAAAUCCUUUCUUUUUUUUUUUAUCCGAGUAAAUUAAAUAUUUAAGUUUUUUUGACAUAUUAGCUUUUAUUACUUUUUUUUUUUUAUUUAUUUAUGCGUUUCGUUAAAUACGUAAUAUAAAAGCUUCACCGUUA